AUGCUCCAUCCUGUAUUUCGCCGUUCGGAUCAGUCCAUUGAUCGUGGGUUCAGUUUCUACUGUCAUCGUGGGUCACUUCAGCCACCAGACCCCAUCUCACCCCAAAGAGGGCACGUAGGGGAGAAGCCACAUCACUGUUCGGAAUGCGGUAAAUGCUUCAGCUUGAGAUCCGGUCUUCUCGAACACCAGAGAACUCACAGAGGAAUGAAGCCGUAUUUAUGUUCCGAAUGCGGAAAAACAUAUCUCAUCAGACACGAAAAAGUUCAUACCGGGGAAAACCCUUAUACGUGCUCGGAGUGUGGGAAGAGUUUUUUUCAGAAACAGCAUCUGCUUUCACACCAGAGGACUCACUUGGCCGAGAAGCCAUUUUCAUGUACGGAGUGCGGGAAAGGUUUUUUCCAGAGGGACCAUCUUGUCUCUCAUCAGAUGAGUCAUACGGGAAAGAAGCCGUUUUCAUGUUCGGAAUGUGGGAAAUGUUUUACCUGGAGACCCAACCUCAUCGUACAUCAGAGGACUCACACCGGGGUUAAGCCAUAUUCCUGUUCUAAUUGUGGGAAGUGUUUUUCCCAGAGCAAAAGUCUUGCCUACCAUCAGAUGACUCAUACGGGGGAGAAACCAUAUUCGUGUUCGGAGUGUGAGAAGUGUUUCUCUUUUAAACAUCUGCUCAUUAAACACUAUAGGGCUCACACAGGAGAGAAGCCUUUUUCAUGUUUGGAGUGUGGAAAGUGUUUCUUCGAGAGGAAACGUCUUAUCUCCCAUCAGAGAACUCACACCGGGGAGAAGCCAUAUUCGUGUCCAGAAUGUGGGCAUUGCUUUUCUUCGAAACACUCGCUCACGGUCCACCAUAGAGAUCACACGGGAGAGAAGCCGUUUUCCUGUUCGGAAUGUGGGAAAUGCUUUACCACAAGAUCAACUCUCGCUAAACACCUGGCGGGCCACACGGGGACUAAGCCGUUUUUCUGCUCCAUGUGCGGGAAAUGUUUUUCUCGGAAAUCCUCGCUCGUCACACACGAAAGACUUCACACGGGCGAAAAGCCUUAUUCCUGCUCUGCAUGUGGGAAAUGUUUCACGGAUAGAUCAAAUCUUACUUCCCAUCAAAAAAUUCACACCGGUGACUUACCAUACUCUUGUACAGAUUGUGAGAAAGGUUUCAAAAGAAAGUCGGACUUGGCUUCGCAUAGUAGUCGAAUCCACAAGAGGGAACAUCUUAGCUAA